ACAAUCCCAGAGUUCACAACUGAGCUCUGCCUGCUGCCGCGAGUUCCUUAUCCCCCUUCCCAGAAUCUCUCUGAGUCUCUUUCCCUCCUUCAACCAGCCACCUCCCACAAACCCUUGUUCUCUGUCUCCAUUUCAAUGGAAAUCCUUCGCAAGUAGUGUCGAAAACAUGACUGCGUUGGCCUCAACGCCACUCUGCAAUUUCCAGAUAUCAAAUCCUCCCUCCACAUUCUCAAUUCCAAGAAACAGCUUGUUUUCUCCUCAGAUUGGCACAAGACGGACCAAAAUUCUUGUAAAUUCUAAUGAAGCAGAUGCACAGACUGUAGAGGAACGCAAAGACGGUGAGCUUGAAACGAAUGGAGCAAGCAAGAGCAAGGCAUCUGCUUCAUCUGUUCCUGCAAUCGACAGAGACCUAAAAAAGGCUGUUCAGAAGACUGCAGCAACCUUUGCACCAAGAGCUUCCACAGCUACCAAAAACCCUGCAACCCCUGGAACUGCCUUAUACACCGUAUUUGAGGUUCAAGGAUAUGCCUCUAUGUUGUUAGGUGGAGCUCUCUCAUUCAAUCUGAUAUUUCCUUCCAAUGAACCAGACAUAUGGAGAUUAAUGGGAAUGUGGUCCAUUUGGAUGUUCACAAUUCCUUCACUCCGCGCUCGAGAUUGCUCAAAGAAGGAGAAAGAAGCUCUUAACUAUCUAUUUCUUCUCAUCCCAUUAAUUAAUGUUACCAUCCCAUUCUUAUGGAAGUCCUUUGCGGUUGUUUGGUCUGCUGAUACCAUAGCCUUCUUUGGAAUGUAUGCAUGGAAGUUUGGGUGGCUGCAAAAAACGGACUAGAAGGAUUAUAGUAUUGUGAUCGAUUGGACAUCACAUUCAAAUUUGACUGCCAACGGAGCUAGUUGCUACUAGAGUGAAGAUAUUUUGUGGAUGAAUGAGACAGACAUUCGUCUUGGGCAAGAAAACAUUACCCACCUUUCCUUCAACAACAACGCUGAACGGAUUGUAUUUCUCCUAUUUCACAUGGCUUUCCGAGGAUAUGUAAAUACUCAUUUUUGUUUAUAUGUGGUAUUUUUGUGUUGAAACGGUUAACAAUACAUGCAUAAAGUUUAUUUGCAAAAUGUAUUAAAGAUUAUCAAAUUUUUGAGUAAUUUAUUGUUAUUUGC